UAUACAUUACUUUAUUAGUUGAAUCUUUACAAAGUAAUAAUUAUAAUGUAGUGAUAAAAAAUGUAAAAGAUGGAAAUGACUCAUCAAGCGAAGAAUUAGAUAAUACAAAUGUUCCUACUAGUAAACCUAAGAAAGAACAUGGUGUAGUGAUGAAAAAUGUAAAAGAUGAAAAUGACUCAUCAAGCGAAGAAUUAGAUAAUACAAAUGUUCCUACUAGUAAACCUAAGAAAAAACUUAGUGUAGUGUUUAAGGAGAAUAAAAAAUUUUUUCAAUAUCUAAUAAAUGAAGAUAUUUAUGCAGAAUAUGAAUUGGUUCCAACUAAUAAAGAACACACGAAAUAUUCGAAUGAAAAUGAUAAAGCUUUGAAUUAUGAACUUGAAUCAAUUAAAAAGAGUAACAAAAAUAGGUAUGAAAGAAUGUAUCAAUUAUGGACAAGAAUAGUACAAAACGAAGAGAACAAAUAUAUUUUGUCUGUAAGUAAAAUGUUUGAGGUUUUUAAUUUUAUUGUAAAUUUUUAUAGUGUACAUUAUUUAAAAGAAGAAGAAAUAAUGAAUGAACUAAGAACAACUUUUACUGAUCUUUAUAGAAAUGUUACACCUAAUAUGAAUGAUUUAUUUAUUAGAUGGAUUACUGAUAAUGAUGUUUUAAAUCAUGGUGAAUUUGCAUUACUUGUUGAUGGAAAUAGAUAUGUAUGGAGAAAUUUACUUAAACAUUUAGAAAUUGCAUUUAAAGAAAUUAUUACUAAACAUUUUAGAUAUCAAUUACGUUCCUUUGAAUUAGAAAGAAAUCUUAUUGUAUGUGAAGAAAAAUCAAAUAAAUUAGAUAAUAUUAAUUUCGAAAAAAAUAAAAAGAGUAAAAAAAGUAUAAAAAAAAAAAAUCUUUAG